AUGAAUUCCAGGACCGCCAAAGAUAUAAUUACAGGGAAAUGGGGCUUAAAGUCGGGUAGCUCCAGACCUGAGAAUGAUCUCGCUAAGUGCAGGCAAGAGAACGCAGCCCUGAGGAAAUCCACGGAGGAGCUGGUGAAGGGGAAAAGCAAACUGGGUGAUGCGGAGAGGAGCGGGCUCCUGGAGAAAAUACUUUCCCUUGAAAAAGAUUUAGAAAAGCACAACCAUCUUCUUGGAGAGCAGGACAAAGAAAUCCAAAGCCUGAAAGACAAGCUUAGAUCCCAAACCAAGAAUAGUGAAGUCUCCUCAUUACAAAGUCAACUAGAGGAAAAAACAAAGGAAGCAGAAAGCAGAGAACAGUUACUCUGUUCCCUAUCAGAAGAAAUGAACCAGUUAAAAUGUAAAUUAUCUGCUUUUACUACAAAAUGUUCUGAGCUUGAAAACAGAGCCAACUUCUCAGGCAUCCCAGUCUUCACUGGCGGCCUCUCUUCCUGCACCUGUCAAGUGGAUGGACUGCAAGAUGAGGACUGGGGGAGCAAAGUCCCUUCUACUGUAAGAGAAGGUCAGGUUCAUGACUACCUGAGGAACCUGAACGUACAUAAGUCUAUGGAAGCUGACGAGAUGCAUUCUGAAGUCCUGAGGGAAUUGGUUGAUGUAGUUGCCAAGCUAUUCUCCAUG